AUGAUCACCGCAAGUAGGGCAGUCGACGCUGUUUCACCGGGCGAAGCGGAAGAAGUGGAAAUCAAGCCACUUUACCUCGAAGCCCUGACUCUUGUCGAAAGGCUGCAUCGGCGUCUUCUGGACGUCAUCAAGGAUGAGUUCGAUCGCAUGGGCCGUUCCGAUGUCAACAGCGUGCAGGCAUUGUUGCUGUUCAAUAUCGGUGACGCAGAGCUGACCGCCGGUGAGCUGCGGACCCGUGGCUACUAUCUUGGAUCGAACGUGUCCUAUAACCUGAAGAAACUGGUCGAAACUGGUUACAUCCACCAUCAGCGUUCCCGCAUGGACCGCCGGUCAGUCCGCGUGAGUCUCACGGACAAGGGCCAGGAAGUCGCAACGAUCGUCAACGAUCUCUACGAGCGCCACAUCCUGUCCGUCCAGCAGGUCGGCGAGAUUGGUCCGGAGGACUUCGUUGUUCUCAACAAGUCGCUGCGCCGCCUCGAGCGGUUCUGGACAGACCAGAUUCUCUACCGUCUUUGAUUUUGC